AUGGCAUCGAAUGAUAACCAAUCUUCUGUACCAAAUGAAGGAACUAAUCAGAAUUCAUUCGAUCGAAAAGAACAUUUAUAUACUAAUCAUUUUAUAUGUUCCCUUCAUGAUAAUAUUUUACUUUAUCAAUAUGAUAUAGCAGUAGAAGAAUCCGAUGGAAGAUCUCAGAAUUGGAUCGAAUGUGAAAAUCGUUGGCGAUGCACCCAAGUGUUGAAAUCAUUGACAGGAAAUAAUCAAUUAGAACCGAAUGUUUUUGUCUGGUACGAUGAUGAAAAAACUUUAUUUAGUACAUCAGAGAUAUCGACACCAAUGUUGAUACCUGGUCAUAAUCGUCGAUAUCGACUGAAUAUUAAAUCAUUAUCUAAUCAACAGUCAACAAGUGAUAUUAAUGAUUAUAUUAAUGAUCGAACAAAUGUGUUUCCGUACGAUACAGUUCGUAUAAUUGAAGCUCUUUUGAAACGAUCACUUCAAGGUCGAGUUCGAAUUGUUAGAAAUAACAUUUAUUUUCUUGAUGAAGAAUAUAAUCAAAAUGAAGAUGAGUCUAAUGAAUCAUAUGGUUUUAAGCGACGUUAUGGUUUCAAUCAAGAAUUAAAUCGCUCUUCUGCUGGAUUAACAUUAAAUAUCCAAACCAAGUGCACUGUAUUUUAUUCUAAUAUUUCUUUACUUGAAUUUAUUUAUAAACAAAUUCGUUCUGAUCGAAUGCCGACUGAUAAUGAUUAUAGAAAACUUACACGAAUAUUGAAAAAUUGCUCGAUUGUUACAGAUGAACCACACUGGGAAACAAAAUAUCGAUUCGAGAAAUUUGAUUAUCGACGAGUAUAUGAAAUUCAACUUGAAUCAGGUGAAUUAUUGAUUGAUUAUUAUCGCAAUGUGAAAAAUCUGACAUUAAGACAAAUAAAUUAUCCAUGUAUUCAAGUUCAUUCACAAAAUAAUCCGACUACAAUUCAUUAUUUACCAUUGGAAGUUUGUCGAAUUAAAGACUGGCAAAUUUGUCAUGAACCAUCACUUUGUGUUCCAGAAGCUGGAAGAUAUAUUCUAACACCGGAGGAAUGUUAUUAUCAAAUUAUGAGUACACUUUAUGAUUGUGAUUAUAACACCAAUCCACUCUGUCAAGCUGUUGGUUUUCAUGUUGAUAAUGAAGAAAUGUUAGAUUUUGAUGCUCGAAUUUUAGUUCUGCCUACUAUCAAAACAGGCGUGGCUUAUUGGGCUGAACUUGUAGAAGGUGAGAUUCAUCUUGGUGGACGUGUACAUACACAUAAAUUAAUAUCAAAUUUGGCAAUUACAUAUUUUGGUACAAAUUAUAAUCAAAAUAAAGAUAAUAUUCAACGAUUCACAGACAUAUUAGUCGAGGUUAUGGAGAGUUACAAUCUUUAUUAUUCAGGCCAUAAAGAAGACCAUAUAGUACCUAUUGCAGAACAUAUCGAUCAAUAUUUUUGUUCGAUGAGUGAACAGAAAUGCCAAUUUAUUAUUUGUCUCAUGGAUAGAAAAGAUGAAGAUGAACUGACAAAGCUUCGAGUGAAUAUCAAACGAUGUGGUACAUUACUAUACGGUAUCAUGACUCAAUGUGUUAAUUAUUCCGAAAUUCUAUCUGAUGAAAAGUCUGCAAAUGAUUAUUGCAGAAAUUUAAUCCGAAAAAUCAAUUUUAAAAAUGGAGGUAUUAAUAUUAAAUUAGAUUUAAGUGAUGUUUGGAGAAAUAAAAAAUCUCCGAAUGAUUCAUAUAUGUAUUUUGGUGCUGCUCUAACGUCUUCAACAGAUGUUUCUCGUCAAUACUCUACUCUUGCAGCGAUUGUUGGUUCUGGGAAUGAUUCUUGUUCAACUACAGCUGCACGUGUUUGUAAACAAUAUCCAAAGGGAGAUUUUUCUUCGAUAGAAACGAUUGCUGGAAUGACAAAAAUGAUUGAACAAUUAUUGGAUUAUAAUUAUGAAAUCAGAAAUGAAGAUGAACCAUUCACAAAAAUUCGUCAGGUUGAAAUACCAGCUAUUCGUCAAGCGUUUGAUAAAAUAUAUGGUGAUCAAACGAACCAUCCUCUUUUGACGUUUGUUGUUGUCAAAAGACGACAUAACACACGAUUUUUUACCUAUAAACCUAUGGAUAAUCAAUUGGAAAGCGAAUUGAAUAGAAUAUCCGAAGAGACCAAGAAUAUGCCAAUUGGUUGUGUUAUUGAUACAACCAUUGUUCAUCCUGAUCAGCAUAAUUUCUACUUGAAUUCACAUAAUAGUCUUCUAGGUAUGAAUCAUCCACCACUUUAUUAUGUUCUUUUGGAUGAAAUUGGUUGUACACCUGAUGAAUUACAACUAUUAACUUAUCAUCUGUGUUAUACGGAUCCUCGAUCAACAGCUUCGGAAGCAGUUCCAUCCGUUCUUCAUCAAGCAGAUGUUGCUGUGUCCAAUGCUCGAGAUCUUUUUUACAGUGCUCAUGAUUCAUCGAUUAUCGAUAUUGCCGAACGAAGUCGAAUACUACAAAAUUCUACUUCGAAUGAUUGUGAUUAUGAGUUUCUUCAAGUUCAUGAAAAUCUUCGAAAUAAACCUGUGCUCGCAUAG